AUGGAAGUGCGCGCCCAGCUGGAGGCAGCGGCGGCCGCCCCGCCGCCCCAGGACGCGGUGUGCAUGGAGGAGUUUGCGAGUCAAGAGGGGAAGGGACUUAGAGAGCCGCUGUUGUGCACAGAUGAAAAUGGGAACCUUGAGAGUGAGGUUGGAGCCAGAAGUAGUGUGGUGUCCGUUCUCCACACCGUCAUUAUGGAAGAAAAGAUGGGGCAGAUCCUGGCGAAAGAAAGGGAGAAUGAUGUUGGAAAGCAGGAGCAGGCAGGGGACUGUUACAUAGGACAAGGCGCAGGGUCCCCGGCUCCACAGUCGUCAGCUUUGGAUAGUCACCAGCUCAAUUUUGUCACUAUAUACAGGCACCUGCCAAACUAUGCCAGCAAUAUAAACCCCGAUCCCCCUGUUCCAGAAGCUGAACUGAACCAAGAAUUCAUUAAUCAGCCGAAGCCACAAAUCCCAGCAGAAGUAUCCUGCCUUAAAGUUUUGGAAAAGGGGAAUGUGAAAAGAAGAAGCGAUGCCGUUUUCACUGCUGGUUCUCUGAAAGCAUCUUCGGCUGCUUUGGAGGAACAGAGUCAGGGUAUGAGCCAAAACCUAAGUCAUGCUAUGCGCAGAUCGGCCAGAUGCGCUGCAGCCAGCUGUGUGGGUCAGCAGUCCUCCAAAGCCUCUUCGUUCCAGACAGCCAAGGGCAAGCAGGAGGGAGCCAAUGAGAAGAAAGAACCACCAAAAGCUCCAGUGGAGCCUGCUCCACCUGCCCAGAAAAAGACACGCACGUUCUACAGUGCUGAACAGCUAGAGGAGCUGGAGAGAACGUUCCACGAGGACCAUUAUCCGGACAGCGAGAAGCGGCGCGAAAUUGCUGCUGCUAUCAGCGUGACCCCACAGCGUGUUAUGAUCUGGUUCCAGAAUCGCAGAGCCAAGUGGAGGAAAACAGAGAAAUUGACGGUGAAAAGCAGCAAGAAAUGUUCAGUCGCAACAUUGGCUUUGUCAAUAGGCCGUCAACAAAGUUCUCAGGGUAUAACUCUGCUGCCUGCACCCCCCGUAUCUGACAUGGUGCACGAUGAGCCUGCUGCACUCAUGAUGGAUGCCGCACCUGAUGCCAACUAUUCUAACAUGCUCAGUGGGUCGGCCGUGCCACUGUCCGCCUCCUCAGUCGACUCUGCUGCUGGCAGAACAACCACAUAUGACUCCGUCCAGACGAAAGAUAUCUCCCAGGGCAUGUUCAGUUCCUUCAAGAAAGAAAUCUUUCCUCCCGUUCCAAGUCCUCCACCCAUUCGUAGAGCCAGCCUCCCAUUCAGCAUGGUGUUUAACCCAAACAACCACAUUGUUCCACUGAUGCUGGAUACCCCCAGCAGUGAAUAUAGUCCUUCUAGCCAGGAAAGUAGCUGCAGUGAGGUCUUUGCCUACAGCAUCCAGAACCAAAGCGUCGACGCUCCUGUGCAUUGCAGUUACCCUGAACAGCUGGAACCUACUGCUAACCUAGAGACCCCAUAUUACCACCCCAAUAGCCAGCCUGGGGUUUACCAGUUCAGCCAGUAUCCUCAGCACCAGGUGUCCCAGUUGCACCAUGGCUCAGUUCACCUUGCUGGCACUGCAUUUUCCAGUGUCGGCCUCACGCCAGCUAUGCCUGGUAAAUCCACCACAGCUUUUCUCCCCAUGCCUAGCAACGGGGGACUUGUAACCUAUGGAGCAACAGAAGCUUCUCAGGGGUACCUGCAGAACCACGCAGGAGGACAGCUCCUAAUACAGCCACCAGCCGGGAACUCGGGCUAUAUCCCUGCAUUUCAGACUGUGCCCUGGAAUGAAUUGUGUAUGCAAGGAGUUCCAUUUUCCAAUCAACUUUGCUCACAAAUGCAGUUUUCCGGCUCAGGAGGGGGAUGUUACUCAGCUGAGCAGGCACAGAACCUUCAGAACCAGAGUGGGCCUCCCAGUCCUUGUCUGCUGCAGCUGCCCAAAGCAGAAGGGCCAGGAUAUGCUGCUCUCUUGCUCUCUACUGAGCAAAUGGCAGAUCUAAAUUCAAACCUGGAUCACCAGUCACAGACACAACACAUGGCACUACUUGAAGAGGACUCUGAUAUGGACAAAAUCCCCAAAGAGGAAGACAAUAUUUCUGAUUUUCCCGAAGACAGCAAGAACUGACUCAGAACUGACUCAGGCUUCCUCGUGGAAAACAAGGGGGUUGAGAGAGAGAAAAAAUAUUAUGACUUUUGUUGUUUUUAAACCUUCUCUUGGAGAUAAACAGAAAAGAAUGUACU